CAUGGCCAUAAAGUAUCGCCGGCUGGCCAUCUUUAACAUACUAAAAAAGAGCAAAUCGAUAACGUCAAGGUUGGCUUACAGGAUUGAUAUUGACGGGAACACCAUAUUGCACCACGCUGCACAUGUGAGUUCUCACCCUGUAGACGCUCAACGCUCAAGUGGUCCUGCAUUUCAAUUGCAAGAAGAAUUGCGUUGGAUGGCGCGUGUGGAAAGGAUAAUGCCACGUCAUUACGCCAUGCACCAGAACAAUCAGGGCCUGACAGCGCAGAAGCUCUUCGAGAAUGAGCAUGCAAAAGUUCUUAAAUCAGCAAAAGUAUGGAUAAAAGAGACAGCUCAGUCGUGCUCGACCGUGGCAGCUUUGGUGGCUACCGUGGCCUAUGCAGCUGCCUUUACGGCUCCCGGGGGUAAUGAUAACAACGGGGUUCCUGUUCUCAAGCAUUCUCCUUUCUUUGUCACAUUCGCCGUUUCGGACAUUAUCUCACUCAUCUUCUCAUUGACUUCUUUGUGCACGUUUCUUUCUAUCCUGACGUCCCCGUUUGAGUACGAAAACUUUUACUGGUCUCUUCCCUUCAGGCUGCAUUUAGGAUUCGCCCUUCUUUUCUUCUCAUUGGCAGCUACCAUGGUCACCUUCACUGCAGCUGUUGUGCUCUUGAUUCAUCAUCAAAAGAUGUGGACAACGUCCCUCAUUUAUGUGGUUGCCCUUCUUCCUGUCUCUAUGUUUGGGCUCUCGCAGUUUCCUUUGUACAACGGAUUUCGCCAAUGUGUGAAAUGCAUUUCAAAGAAAAUUGGGGAGACUAUAAUACAACUUCAACUUUCCUUUAAAAGGAAAAAGGAAGCUGAUAGAGAGGUACGGAUCUGGUAAUGAAUGAUGAUUUGUGAGCUCUAUGUUGUAGCUCAAAAUGUCAGAACAAGGGUGUUGCUAUAGCUCUCAGUUAAGGUUCCCUCUUCUUCCCUUGUGUGUCUGUGUGUUUUUUCCCCCCUCCGUUUAUGUGUGUUACAGAAGAAGUUACAUCUUGGAAAUAAAGCGUAUGCUAAACCGUAUGUAUCAUGCUUUUUUAUGUGAUUUUACCUUUAUUUGUAUCAUGCUUAAAGAUAUUCUUUUUUCUUUUUUCUUUUUUUAAAAUUUAUGCUUUGUCACUCUCCCAGCUCCGAAUUAAAGUUUAGAACUGAUUUCCAUUAAUUUGAUUAUUCCAAAAAAUAUUUAUUAAACCCUUAAUAACUUACAUAAUGCAUGGGCCCUACCUUUUUUUUUCCUUUUUUUCCAUCACCAAUAAUAAUCUUCAUUGUAAUAAGACCCGCGCUCUAUGUGCAUAUAGCAUAGGAAAAAAGAGGUUUAUCUUCUCAGAAA